CUCUUUUCUAUUGGCUGGAAAGACCAAUUGAAGUUCCCUUGCCCAUGUUAGGAGGUGUACGCCUCCUGAACUAAAGAUAGAAACAGCUGGCCCUUCCAGGCAGCUAAAAGCCUCUAGACUAAGAGGUGUUCCCCAUUCGGCAGCCAGACUCCUUGAAAUACCCUUUCAGUAAUUAUUCUACCAACGCUUCCAUGUCUCUACUCUGUCGUAACAAAGGCUGUGGGCAGCACUUUGACCCUAAUACCAACCUUCCUGGUAAGUAAAUGAUCCUGACCUGGCCAGGGGCUCUGCGUGGGUGUUGUGGAGUGGUCAGCUGGGGGGCGGUAUGUUUGAGGAGCAGGGAAAGAAACUACCUGCCCUAGUUUAAUUGGUCUGAGUGAUCUUACAGCCUUUGAUGCGUUUUUGUUUUUUUUUGUUUUUCACGUUAUGUGGGAAGAAACCAUAAAUAUAAACCCGGGGAAGAGGUGAAAAAUUAUACUUGGUAUAGUUACCUUCCCUUCCUUGAUAACUUGUACUGAUGUCCACAGAUUCCUGUUGCCAUCACCCUGGGGUCCCAAUCUUCCAUGAUGCACUUAAGGGUUGGUCCUGCUGCCGAAAGCGAACUGUAGAUUUCUCUGAGUUCUUAAACAUCAAGGGCUGUACUAUGGGACCACACUGUGCUGAGAAGCUUCCUGAGGCCCCUCAACCUGAAGGCCCUGCUACAAGCAGUUCACUUCAGGAGCAAAAACCUCUGAAUGUGAUUCCAAAGUCAGCAGAGACCUUGCACCGGGAGAGGCCCAAGUCAGAGUUGCCUCUGAAGCUGCUGCCGCUAAAUAUAUCCCAAGCCCUGGAAAUGGCAUUGGAACAGAAGGAAUUAGACCAGGAACCUGGGGCAGGACUUGAUAGUAGUCUGAUCCGGACUGGUUCCAGCUGCCAGAACCCAGGAUGUGAUGCUGUUUACCAAGGCCCUGAGAGUGAUGCUACUCCAUGUACCUACCACCCAGGAGCACCCCGAUUCCAUGAGGGGAUGAAGUCUUGGAGCUGUUGUGGCAUCCAGACCCUGGAUUUUGGGGCAUUCUUGGCACAGCCAGGGUGCAGAGUUGGUAGACAUGACUGGGGGAAGCAGCUCCCAGCAUCUUGCCGCCAUGAUUGGCACCAGACAGAUUCCUUAGUAGUGGUGACUGUAUAUGGCCAGAUUCCACUUCCUGCGUUUAUCUGGGUGAAGGCCAGUCAAACUGAGCUUCAUGUCCACAUUGUCUUUGAUGGUAACCGUGUGUUCCAAGCACAGAUGAAGCUCUGGGGGGUCAUAAACGUGGAGCAGAGCUCUGUCUCCUUGAUGCCAUCUCGGGUUGAAAUCUCCCUGGUCAAGGCUGACCCAGGAUCCUGGGCCCAGCUGGAGCACCCUGAUGCACUAGCUAAGAAGGCUAGGGCAGGGGUUGUGUUAGAGAUGGAUGAGGAAGAAUCUGACGAUUCAGAUGAUGAUCUGAGCUGGACAGAGGAGGAGGAAGAGGAGGAAGCAAUGGGGGAAUAGUGACCAGACAGUUGAUGUCUAGACAGGACCUCAAUGAUUCCCUUAGAAUCUUAGAGACCAGGAUAUUUUUGGCCAUGUGGUGUCAUUGAGCAGCAGGAGGCUGAAGGAGGGGAGAACAAAAUUGUCCAAACCAUGCUGUUUUUUCCCUUAAAUAAAUCUUGUAUUCUUCAGUUUCA